AACACAAAAAUUUUUAACACUAAGUUUUUUGUCGCAAUGACGCAAAAUUUUUUACUGUAUACUAAAACUCUCGUAUGGCCUUUUGCGACUUGAUUUCUGAUUGAUAUUUGAUUACAUCCAAAGAAAUUGAAUUGAUUUAUUUCAAUAUAGUUAUGAAGGUAAUUAGAAAUUAUAUUAUUUUAUCAAAGCAAUACUUUUCUGUUUGAAAGAAGACCGCUACAAGUUAGAAAAAAAAUUAUUUAUGAGUGACAGUUUGUUGAUUGAAGCAAAUUUGUGUCAUUGAAACUAUUUAUAAAAAUAAAUGAAGUACAAUUUUUUAAUUAUCUGUUAUUAACCUUCAUAUAAACACAAUACCAAUCAAAAUUUCAUAUUAUUUUAUUUAUUACGACUCACAUCACCAUGCCUUGCUGUCUUAUUAACAUCUGGAAGUCGAUAUUUCCAUCGAAAUUACCUUCAAUUUCAAUAAUCAAAAUUCUGCAAUUGAUUGUUGUAUGUUGUAUUUUUGGUAUUGACGUGCAUACAAAGAAUUAUUCACAACCCGAUGACAGCAGUGGUCUUUUGAAUGAAGUCGUUGAUAAAAUACCCAAUUUAAACAUCAAAAUAAAUACUGAAUCAAUGUCAACCGAGUACCUGUCAACUGGUACUGUUGUAGCAUAUUUAAUCAUUAUAUUCGUAUCACUGGUAAGCGGUUUGUUUGCAUCACCUAUUAGUCUAAUUCCAAAUACAGCUUUUUGUGUCAUCGGAGCUUUUCUGUUCGUUAUUUCUGGAUCCUUUAUUAUUCAUGAGUUCCUUCACAUCAGUUUCGAAAGUAUCAAAGAGGUUGAUUUUGAAAAAUCAUUACAAUCUGUACGUAGUUACAGUAUUGCAAGAGGAUCAUUAUGCAUUGUAGAAGCCGCUUUACUUUUACUUGAUCCUAUUUGCAGUUUUAUACCUUUUUUAUGAUUAUUAAUUAUUAUUGUUAUUGACUGUUAUUUUAA